AUGGCCGACACCGACCGAACGCCUUUGGUGUCGCAUGCAGAACCACCCGCACAAAUAAAUAUUCCCAAAAGCCCGCUUUUACUGAAGCUAUCAGAGAAGGUUAGGCGAGAACAGGCCGAAACCAACGCCGUCAAGCAGCCAAUGCUUUCUACCAGUACGCCGACGCCGCCGGGGCAACCGGAGCCGGAGAAAGGUACAGACCCAGAGAAGGGCCCGGGAGGCCCCCCGCCUCCGUAUUCUGCCUUUUUACUAUGGCGACGUCGUUUCAUCCUCAUCAUUAUCACGGUAGCGGGCUUUUUCGGACCAUUGGCAGGUGGCAUCUAUCUUCCGGCUUUGCCAGGGUUGGAGCAUGAGUUCCAAGCUAGCGCAACCGCCAUCAACAUCUCCGUGUCGGUAUUUAUGUUGACUUUUGCCUUUGGGCCCCUAUUCUGGUCGAGUUUUGCGGAUUGGAAGGGGCGUCGACCUUUAUAUCUUAUCUCUCUCGCGAUCUACAUCGGCUCGAAUGUUUUGCUCGCCGCUGUUCCGGCCAACUACGGGGCGCUAGUGUUACUACGCAUCGUACAAGCUUUUGGUUCCUCCGCUGUGGUCUCCAUGGGCGCAGGCUCGGUUGCUGAUACCACCGAGCCAAAGGGCCGAGCAUUCGCCAUGUCCAUCUUUCUCACAGGCCCUCAGUGCGGCCCGGUCCUUGGUCCCGUUCUCGGUGGCGCCCUGGCAGAAGCUGACUGGAGGUGGAUAUUCGGGUUUCUUGCCAUCUCCGGGUUCGCCCUCUGGCUCGUCAUUCUCUUCGCACUCCCUGAAACACUCCGCGCCCGCGUUGGCAACGGCGCUAUCUACGAAAGCCGUGGCUUCUUCGUCUGGCCACCUCAGUUGUCAUCUCCUCUAGCCCCAUCCUGGGCACGCGGCCCGGCACCGCCCAAGCCGACUCUCAAAGGAUACUGGCGCCUGUUUGUUUACCCUCCUAUCGGGAUCGUUACUAUAAACACGGCCCUGCUUUACUCUACAUAUUUUGCCAUCGCCGUUCAGCUGCCAACAGAACUUGCGGUGCGAUAUCACUGGUCAUCUUCCGCUGUCGGUGCGGGUUUCCUCGCUGUAGGUGUCGCCAUGAUCGUUGGAUCUCUCUGCGGCGGUCGCUUCUCAGACUGGCGCCGCGCAAGGGCCGCAAAGGUGGCGCCUGAUGGCAAGGUUGAUCCAGAGUUCCGACUAGCCGAUCAAAUCUGGGGCGUACUGGUGUGCGUUGCCGGCUGCGUCAUGUAUGGGUGGCUGAUACAGUUUUCGUGCCAUCCGGCGGCGGUGCUCUUUGCGACCUUUUUGAGUGAGUUCCACCUCAAGCGCCAGAAUUCACGCUGA